AUGAGUGGGUCUUCACCUUUACAGCCUACUACACCUUCAACACCCGUCUCAGCAACGAGUAUCACAGCAGGCGUCUCUUUCAAGAGAAGAUAUAGACCUUAUUUUACAAAAAGACAGUUGGCUACACUGACUAGUCUUAACAAGUCAGGCGCUUUGACUGCCAAAGAAAUUCUUGCUAGGCAGAGUUAUUGUAAAUUUAUUCAGGACGUCGGGAAGAAACUAGGAUUCCCUCAAAAGACUAUCAGCACAUCACAAGCUUUAUAUCAUCGAUUCUACCUUUAUUAUUCUAUCAGAGACUAUUCGCCACAGGACAUUAGCGUUACAUGUAUUUUUGUUGCUUCAAAGAUUGAGGACACUAUCAAAAAAUUAAAGGAUAUCUUUGUCGCUGUACACAGUGUACGACACCCAGACAGUAAAGAGUUAGACCCCGAAAAUGUAUCUGAAGAUCGUAGACGUAAAAUCAUCAAUUAUGAAAAGCUGUUGUUGGAAACUCUUUGCUUUGACUUUCAACUGCGGCAUCCCUAUGAAUACGUGAUUAAAUUUAUUAAAUGGGUUCAAGAUAGUAAAAAACUGGCAAAAAAGGCAUAUCAAUUGGCUGUAGAUAGCUACAAAACUAUGGUAUGUGUUGAAUACCCUGCUCAUACGAUUGCUGCUGGUUGUAUCUAUUUAGCAUCUUUAUUGCUAAAAGAUGCGGAUCCAUCAUUUCAAGGUUUAAAAGACUCGGAGCCUUGGGAUCAAUACUUUUUGUCGCGCAUGGAAGACAUUGAAGGUAAGCACACCAUCACAUACCAUUUUCUAAUGCCAUAUGCAAAGAUGUGUCUCAACAAAUUCUCGAUUUAUACAUCACUUCAAGCAAAUCCACUGAUAUUACCAACUUGA